CACCUUUCCCUUUCGAAUGUUCCUCUAAAUUGGGGACAAGAUAGGCGCCCUCAAUCAGAACGAGGUCAAGAGAUGAGUCCAGCGGGGGCUGGUUGGCAUUCCUUCAUCCCGGUGGGACUAAUUCCUCGACAUUGGAAUGAGCCAGAUUGCCGGAAACUCUUUGAAAAGUAUGGUCCGGUAUUUUCUCUGAAUAUUUUGCGAGAUAGGCAAACCCAAGUAAGCAAAGGAUGCUGUUUUGUAACGUUUUAUCAUCGGCGGGAUGCGAUAGCAGCUCAGAGUGCUUUACACAAUAUAGAAAUCAUCGACGGAAUGCACCAUCCCGUUCAGAUGAAACCUGCUGAUACGGAAAAUAGAAACGAGCGGAAACUGUUUAUCGGUCAGUUGGCAAAGAAACACAAUGAGGAGGACAUACGGAAUUAUUUCGGGAAGUUUGGGCAUAUCGAAGAGUGUACUGUGUUGCGAGAAGCUGACGGUAAAAGCAGAGGAUGCGCGUUCGUUACGUAUACGAAUCGCACCAGUGCGUUGGCAGCAAUCAAAGAUAUGCAUCAUUCGACCACGAUGGAGGGGUGUUCGGCCCCUUUGGUUGUGAAGUUUGCUGAUACCCAACGAGAGAAAGAAGUGAAGAAAUUGCCUGGUAGUGCUGGAACCAUAACGUCACCUGCUUCUGGUUUGGCGUCGUUGGGCAAUCAGGCAGCCUUGUUGCAGCAGCUGACCGGUGGUGGAGUCAAUCUGCAAGCUUUAACCGCUUUGGCGGCGUUGUUCAAUCCCGGUAUGCAGGCACAGCAACACAACUUGCUCGGUGUUCUCGGUGGAGGUCGGUUGCUACUCAACGCCUUGGCAUCGCAUAUGAAUGCAAGCGCCCAAGCUGUUAGCGGUGAUGUCAAAGGACCUGAGGGAUCCAAUCUCUUUAUAUAUCACUUACCUCAGGACUUUGGAGACUCAGAUUUGCACACAACCUUCUCUCCAUUUGGCACCGUGCUGUCAGCCAAGGUUUUCAUUGACAAAGUUACAAACCUCUCCAAAUGUUUUGGUUUUGUUUCCUAUGACAAUGCAGUAUCCGCACAAAACGCUAUUGCCGCUAUGAAUGGUUUCCAAAUUGGAUCGAAGCGAUUGAAGGUGCAACUUAAGAAUGAAAGGAGUCAUCCCUAUCCUAAAGCAACCGCAUAA